GUGUAGUUUCCGCCGGAAGAUUAAGUCGCUGGACUCGGUGGGUGGGACGCGGCUUCGGUACUUGUUGCCACGUCGGAGCAGUUAGUGAACCAGUUUUAUUCAAACAUUAAACCUGAAUAAUUCUGUGGAGUGUUUCUGGUCCUCUUAUCACCAUGGUUUCUGUGAUCAACACGGUGGACACCUCUCACGAGGAUAUGAUCCACGACGCCCAGAUGGACUACUACGGCACACGCCUCGCCACCUGCUCCUCCGACCGCACAGUGAAGAUCUUUGAUGUCAGAAACGGGGGACAGAUUCUGGUGGCGGACCUCAGAGGCCACGAGGGUCCGGUGUGGCAGGUGGCGUGGGCUCACCCGAUGUUCGGAAACGUUCUGGCUUCCUGUUCUUACGACCGAAAAGUCAUCAUCUGGAAGGAGGAGAACGGAACCUGGGACAAGAUGUACGAGUACACGGGACACGAGUCAUCAGUGAACUCUGUCUGUUGGGGUCCGUAUGACUUCGGUCUCAUUCUGGCCUGUGGCAGCUCGGACGGAGCGAUUUCCCUUCUCACGUUUACCGGGGAUCAACAGUGGGACGUGAAGAAGAUCAGCAACGCACACACGAUCGGCUGUAACGCAGUGAGUUGGGCUCCCGCUGUGGUUCCAGGAAGUCUGAUCGAUCAGCCGUCAGGACAGAAACCAAACUACGUCAAACGCUUCGUCUCGGGAGGCUGCGACAACCUGGUCAAACUCUGGAAAGAGGAGGACGGUCAGUGGAAGGAGGACCAGAAGCUGGAGGCUCACAGUGAUUGGGUCAGAGACGUCGGCUGGGCUCCGUCUAUCGGUCUGCCCACCAGCACCAUCGCCAGCUGCUCCCAGGACGGUCGUGUGUACAUCUGGACGUGUGACGACCCCGCAGGAAACACCUGGACGGCCAAGCUGCUCCACAAGUUCAACGACGUGGUCUGGCACGUGAGCUGGUCCAUCACCGGGAACAUCCUGGCUGUUUCAGGAGGAGACAACAAGGUGACGCUGUGGAAGGAGUCGAUGGACGGUCAGUGGGCGUGUAUCAGCGACGUCAGCAAGGGACAGGGCGCCGUGUCCUCCAUCACAGACACACAGCAGAGCGAGCAGUGACCCACACACAACAAUGACCCACCCCCCCACCCCGAUCUCAAAGAAUCACUAAACAAGCCGGACGUCUGACCCGACACCGAGAGAGAGAGUAGUUUGUGUUUGAUGAAAACAUUGAGUGAAACUGGAGUCUGAUGGUUUGGACGCGUUUUCAUCCGUCUGUAAGUUUCCUAAACGACGUCAGA